UCGUUUGUUUAAUAUUCUCCUCUCGCGUACCAUCAGACGUUCGUCGUUGUGGCCACAGCCACCACUGCUGUCGUCUGUUCAACACGGUCCUCUGGAACGGCGUUGUUUUUGUAUGUGUGAUAUAUACACGGGGAAACGGGACGUUUCCGUUGUAGUUUCUUUGUGCGGUAGCCAGUAAUUGGCGAUACACGAAAGCAAAUUUGUUUUUAGUGUGUAGAAUUCUGCAUCGGGACGGUAGCCCGUUUUCCCCGAUUGUCGCCCGUUCGUUCCGUCCCCUCUCGAGGUGCAAUCGAUUGUCCGUGUGUGAACGCGACCGACCGCAGCCGCCGUCACCAUGGAUUACGAUUGCUCACACAUUUGUGACGUCGUUCAAAAUUUGGACGUCAACGAAAUGAGGGUGACGUUGAAGAACAGGAGUUGUAAUGUUUGUUUAAGAAUUGAUCAACUAUGGAUCUGUAUGGUGUGUAGGCAAAUUCUUUGUGGACGUUAUGCUUCAGGACAUUGUAUAGCUCAUUUUGAGUAUCACAAGAAUCAUUGUAUUACUCUAAAUAUAGAAUCAGCGACAUUAUAUUGCUAUAAAUGUGAUAAAGAGGUUGAGCCCAAAAACCAUGAUGAUGAACUUAAUCGUUUAAGACAAUUUAUUUUGUUUACCCAGGGUACUAAUCAGAGUAAAAAACGCCGACAAACUGCGAAUCAACAAAUUGCUAAAAAGAAAAAAACAGUUAAUAGAAGGGGUCCAAGAACAAAUAAAAAGGCAGGACUAACAAAUGAAGGAAAUAGUUGUUUUAUGAAUGCUGUAUGGCAAUCUCUAAGUAAUAUAAGUCCAUUUGUAUAUUGUAUGAAACAUUUACCUGCUAUCAUCAAUAAUAACUAUACUAGUCUUAAAGAAAUAAAAAAUGGAGUUAUAGCUGAAGAGUUAUGUAAAGUUUUGAUCAAUUUAUCUGAGUGGAAACCACCUGGCUAUAAAAUGGGAGAUCCUGUAUCAUCUUGUGCUUUGUAUCACAUUAUAUGUAAAACCGUUCCUCGUUACAGAGGAUUUCAUCAACAUGAUGCUCAUGAGUUUUUGAUUUACACAUUAGAUAAAUUACAUUCCGAAUUAAAACAGUUAGAUAUUGAACAAGAAAUUAAAAUGUUUGAUCGUUCUACAAUUGUCAGCUUUGUUUUUGGUGGUAUGCUGUUAAGUGAGGUCUGCUGUUUAGUGUGUCGAUUAUAUUCCAAAACUUAUGACCCUUUUUUGGAUAUUUCAUUGGAUAUUCCUGAUUACACUGAAUCUGACAAACAAUUAGCAAUGCGUCCAAUGGAUACAUUAACUGAUUGUUUAUCUCGAUUCAUUGAAAUUGAAGAACUCGCUGAAAAUAACUUUUAUUAUUGUAAUGGUUGUAAAAGUAAACAAAAAUCAACCAAAAAAUUCUGGAUAAGCCAACUACCCAAUGUUCUUUGUUUACAUUUAAAAAGAUUUAGAUGGGUCAAAGCACAACGUAUUAAAAUUCAUACUCCUAUACAGUUUCCAAUUGAAUCCUUAGACAUGUCUCAGUUUUUAUUAAGUGACAAACGAGUAACUAUUGACAAAGAAGACUGUUUGUAUGAUUUGUCAGCUGUCAUUGUUCACGAAGGCAAUGGUGGUGGAUCUGGCCAUUAUACCUCUUUUGCAAUUGAUAAAGGCGAGUGGUUUGAAUUUAAUGAUGAAAAAGUUCAUGAGGUUAAUUCGUCAAUUGUACAAAAUGUAGAGGCGUACAUACUAUUUUAUAUUAAAAGGAAAACUAGAUUAAGAUCUCAAAGUCUUUUGGGUGGUAGACACAUCAUUAACAAUGAACUAUAAUUGGUAGAUAUAAUGAAAAAUUAUUAGUUAAAUGUAAUUUUUGUAUUACAUUUUGAUCUUCAAGAUACAAAUAAAAAAUAUAAAACAAUAAAAUUGCCUUAAACUAACAGUAUUCUUAUUAUUGUAAGUGUGUUUCAAGCUUUAAAUUAUUGUUGUAGAUUAUAUUUCAUAAUCAAUCAAUUGUGUAAAUAAAUUCGUAUUUUUAUAUUGUAAAAUUAUAACAUGUAAAUACACAUAAUAUAUAAGUGGGAAAUGCAAUAUUUGUAUUUGAAAACCUAAAUUAAUUGAAAAAAAAUUGUUUUUUGACUGUCAUAACUGAAUUCUGAUCUCUUUCUUUUGUAUAAUACAUAUAUUUUUUAAAUGAUUUUGGUUUUUCAUUGUGAUUUUUUGUUAAUUUCUUUCAAUUGAAAAAUUGUAAUUUAAUUCAUAAUAAUAAUUUGUUAAUUUUAAAUUUAAUAUGGGCAGCUCAGAGUAGGAAUAAUCAAUAUAAUUUUUUAUAUUGUAUUUUAAAAUUAUCUUCACUGCCAAAUUUGUUUUAUAAAAUUAUGUUUAUAAUUUAUUUAAAAAAAUAAAAUUUAUUAUUGCUAUAAAAACUAUUCCCAAAGUUUGAGAUUGAACAACUUUGUAUUUGUAACAA